AUGGACCCUCGGACAUUCGCUCAUAUAAACCUGCCAGAUGGCACUACUUACGAGCAACCAACAGGCAUAUUCAUCAGCAAUGAAUUUAGACAGUCUCGCGAUAAGACAGCGAUCGAGUCUAUCAAUCUGUAUACCCAGUUGCCCAUUGCAUCGAUUGCUCGAGGAAAGCUUACAGAUGUCAAUGCUGCUGUUGCCGCCGGUAAGGCUUCCUUUGGUGGCUGGCGUGAUACGACACCUCAAGACAGAGCGAAACUUCUUAGCAAACUAGCAGAUCUCAUAGAGCGAGACGUUGAAACUUUGGCCAAAAUCGAGUCGAUCGACGGCGGCAAGCCCGUCCACAUUGCCAAGGGCGCCGACGUUCUCGCUUCAUCUGCUUGCAUCCGAUACUACUCUGGGUGGGCGGACAAGAUUAAGGGAGACACUAUCGAGACCGAUCCUGACACCUUGAACAUAACCAUAAGAGAGCCACUGGGUGUCUGUGGGUUAAUUAUUCCGUGGAACUUUCCGCUUCUUAUUACAUGCUGGAAGCUUGGGCCGGCCCUGGCUGCAGGCAACACCGUGGUUAUGAAACCUGCAGAGCUCACCUCACUUUCUGCGCUGUACUUGGCAAAGCUUGUGGUCCAAGCUGGCUUCCCUCCGGGCGUUGUUAACGUGGUCACGGGCCUUGGCAAUGAAGCUGGGCAAGCAUUAACGGAGCAUGCGGACGUUAAGAAGAUCUCCUUUACGGGCAGCACGCCCGUUGGUAAGGCGAUGCUGAAAACAUCUGCCGAUACUAAUCUGAAAAAGGUUACUCUGGAGCUGGGAGGAAAGUCCCCCAGCAUCGUUUUCGAUGACGCCGAUCUGGAGCAAGUCAUCAAGGCAGUGAAUGGCGGCAUCUUUUACAAUAUGGGGCAGAAUUGCUGCGCUAGUAGCCGUAUCUACGUCCAGGAGUCUAUAUACGAAGGCUUUCUCAAGCGAUUUGCCGCCCGGGCUCGACGAAAUAAAUUAGGCGACCCGUUCCACAACGAUACUUUUCUCGCAUUCCAAAAUCAUGAAUAUGAUUCAAAGAGCGAAGAUAGAUGGUGUGGGAGUUCUCACUGGUGGCACCAGCUCCGAGGGCUGUUCAUUGAACCCACAAUCUUCCGUGACGUCAAAUCUUCAGCCGAAAUUAUGCAACGGGAGGUUUUCGGUCCUGUCGUUGCUGUGGCUUCCUUCAAGAAUGUAGACGAGGUUUUGGAGAAAGCACAUGACACCAUUUAUGGCCUGGCUGCUGCGGUCUUCACUUCGGAUAUAAAACGAGGAAUCCGCCUAUCGAAGAUGCUGCAAGCUAGUUCAAUUUGGGUUAACAAUGAUAAUAUGAUCUCACAUGCUCUUCCAUUAGGAGGAUACGGGCAGAGUGGAAACGGCAAAGAUUUGGGAUUCGAAGGCAUUGAAGGAUACACACAGCUCAAGACCGUCAGGUUUAUCUACGAGAACCUUGCUAAGACCACUCAGACUCAAGCGGGAAUCAUGUCGCAUCCCCGCCAGGAGAGAACUGAUCCUUUGGGUGAGAUACAAACUCUGAGCCCGAUCGAAUGCGGAGAAGAUGCGGCAAAGCACUUCCUGCACGACUCCGACUAUAUUAACCUUAAUCACGGAUCUUACGGCACAUAUCCGAGGGAGAUUCGCGAUGUUCUUCGUUACUACCAAGAUCGAGCCGAAGCUAGACCUGAUGACUUUGUUCGCUAUCAGUAUCGUGUACACCUACUCAGAGAGUCUCGAGAAGUGCUUGCAGAGUACUUGGAUAUCCCAGCUGAAUGCUGCGUCUACAUCCCGAAUGUAUCCACAGGCAUCGACACGAUUCUGCAUAAUUUCGACUACAAGCCCGGAGAUGUGAUUAUUGGGUUUCCCACAAUCUAUGAUUCUUACGAGUCUACUGCCAAGUAUCUCAACGAGGUCACGCCCGCAGAGUUCAAAAAGAUCGAGUACACUUAUCCAGUCUCCGAUGAUUUUAUUUGCCAGACCUUCGAGGACACUGUAAAGAAGCUCUUACAAGCGGGAAAGAAGCCAAAAGUCGCCCUGUUUGACACUAUAUCCUCUCUCCCCGGGCUUCAGAUGCCCUUUGAGCGUCUAACGAAGCUUUGCCGCUCGUACAACGUUCUGUCGCUCAUCGAUGGAGCCCAUGGAGUUGGGAUGAUACCUCUGCAUCUCCAGCAGUUGGAUCCUGAUUUCCUCGUCAGCAAUUGCCACAAGUGGCUCUACACUCCAAGGAGCUGCGCGUUUCUGUACGUGCCGGUCCGCAACCAGCAUCUCCUCAAGAUAACAUUUCCAACCGGUUUCGGUUUUCUCGAGUUUCCCAAAGACGAGGAUGCCCGGAAGCUGGUGCCAAAUAAUUUCGUCGAAAAUUUUGCCGAUCUUAAUACGAGGGACGACACUCCUUAUCUCUGCGUCAGGGCUGCGUUGGAGUGGAGGAAGAAGCUGGUGUGGAAGAACAAGGAAGGAGAGGAUGCUAUCAUGAGCUACCUGUACUACCUCGCGGAGCAGGCCGGAUCCAUCUUCGCUGCAGCGCUGGGGACAGAAGUGCUCAGCCAGGGAAUCACCAGUAUGACCAAUGUUCGCCUACCUUUGGAGAUAGACCUGAUUACGGGAGGAGUGCCCGCAAAUGUUGGUGAGGUGUCGAGAUGGGUCAUGAAGGAGAUGAUGGAACAGCAUGGCACCGCUAUCAACCUUACAUUCUAUAACGGUGCUCUCUGGAUCAGGCUGAGUGCCCAAGUAUACCUGACUGUGCAGGAUUUUGAGGUUGCUGCUGGGCGUCUCAAGAUUAUUUGCGAUACGGCAUCAAAGCGCACUUGGAAUUUCAGGUCUUCUUAA